UGACUCGGAAGGUCUUCUAGCAAAUAUUCAACCCAGGAUAGCUUAAGUCUUCGUAAGACGAUCUAACGUAAAAUAAAAAACUUAACAAAAUAAAUGCACAUAUGUUCUGGAAAUGGUUGGUGCUUUCCUUCAUCUGUCUGUCUACGGGAUGCCGUGCCCACAAGAUUUUGGCGUUUUUGCCAUUCCCUUCCAACAGCCGUCACACCAUUUUCGCUAGCCUCAUGAAAGUUCUAGCAGAUCGCGGCCAUGAAAUCACCUACUACACACCAAUUGAACCGACUUUAUCUCACCAGAACAUCACAGUCAAAUUGACUCCAAACUAUAAGGCUGAAUUUCUAAAGGAAAUGGAUAUAUUCGAGUUACGUCGGAAAUCUAUUCCCGAGGUUUCACACAUUUUUGCCCGCACUGCCGAAAGAUUCUCUGAACAUUAUUAUGGUAACCAGGUAGCUCAGGAAAUCAUCCAUUCCACGGACAAAUACGACGCUGUGUUAAUAGAAUCCUUUUUCAAUCAAGAGCCAGUCUCGUCAUUUAUUCACAAAUUCGGGUGCGUUGGAAUCGAAGUAUCUACACUAGGUGAUUCGGCGUGGAUUGACGAAUUCGCCGGUAUUCCGUCAAAUCCAGCUUUUCAAGUAGACUUUAAAUCAGCAGAAUUAAGUCAGGACAUGACAGUAUGGCAAAGGAUCUACAACGUAUAUGUCAUCGCUUCAACGCUCGCUGUCAGCUACUACCAUCUGUACGCGAUGCAGGGCAUCAUGGACAAGUACUUCAACUAUACCGGCUGGGAGACUAGGCCCCCACUGGAUACCUUGAUGGCCAACAGGAGUCUCAUAUUAGUAAACUCUGAUCCAGUUCUCAGCUACCCAUAUCCGACUGCACCUCACGUCAAGAAUAUCGCUGGCUUGAAUUUGAUGCCGAAUAAACCUUUACCAAAUGAUAUUCAGAGGUUCAUGGACGAGGCAGAGCACGGAGUUAUAUACUUUUCCUUCGGAUCUAAUCUAAAAGCAUCGGAUGUGAUAGUGGGUGAAAAAGGCAAAGCGCUCAUGAAAGCUUUCGAAAACAUGCCACAGCGAAUCCUUAUGAAGUGGGAAACAGACAAGCCGGAUCUGAAAAUCCCCAGCAAUGUAAGGAUCGGAAAGUGGUUUCCACAGAGGGACAUCUUAGCACACAAGAAUUGUAUACUGUUCAUUACACAUGGCGGCUUUCUGAGCUUGACGGAGACCGUUUACUAUGGGGUACCUAUCGUCGGUGUUCCUUUUUUCUGCGAUCAGUUUAAAAAUGUGUUUCAUGCCCAAAGUAUGGGUUACGGGUUGAUCAUCAAGUACGAAAACAUCACCGAGGAAUCUGUGUCAUGGGCCCUCAACGAGAUCACUAAGAACCCUAGUUAUAGAAAUGUCGUAAAGUACAAAUCUCAAAUCCUGCGCAACAGAAGGCACACGGCACAAGAAGAAGCAAUCUAUUGGGUCGAACACGCGAUCAAAUACCCUAAUUCACUGACUCCAAAAUCUGCCUUCAUGUCCUUCUGGGAGAAGAGGAUAUUCGACGUCGGAACUUUCUUCAUUUUAACGAUAGUUUUAAUGUAUAUGUUGUUGAAAUGUAUUAAUGCUAUGUUUAGGAAGUCGAAAAAUAUUAGCAAUAAAAAAGAAAAACUAUCAUGACGAACAGUUUUUAGAAACCAGUAAAAAUUUUUAGCAUGUAACUUGCAAUUAUUUGUUUAAAUGAAAAAGUAUUGAAUGAGACAACUCAGUCAAAUAUGUAUAUUAUUCCUGUUAAUUUUCUGGUUUUAAUACUAAAAUCAUGAGCUGCUAUGUUACUUAAUUUAUUAUAUUUUAAAAAUAUGUUUAAAAAUGAAAAAAAAAAUGAGUAGUAAAAUACGCAUUAAGCAUGUAUAAAUGGACCCAAUGACAAAUACUUAUGUUAGUUAUAUAAUUUAUAAGUAUUUUAAUACCAAAGAAUUGAAAUUACAAAAGAUAUAGGUUACAAAUAAGAACAAGUAUUUUGUUUUAUUCUCUCUUUUAUUUUUUAAAACGUUUUAUAAGUGAAAAUAAAUUAAUGAUUUAGAUGAUUAUUUAUAUGUACUAAACAA